AAUUGAUAUUUGAUACAUCUCGUGACGAUUAUAAUAGAAUUCCUGAAUCGGAUAUAAAACAUCGGACUACGGAUUGACCAGCUCUAAAUGCCUCAUUUAUAUUUUUUAAUAUAAGAAUAAUUGAGGGCAGCACUACAAUCCUCCAUUGUCCAAAAAAUCAGAAGGAAGAAAUGGUUGAGGCGAAAGUUAGUCCAAUGAGCUUGGCGUUGCACGUGGUACGCGGGCGGUGGUUCUCCCUCUUCGCGUCGUUCCUGAUAAUGGCCGGCGCCGGCGCCACGUAUCUCUUCGGCGUCUACUCCAAGGAGAUCAAGGCCUCUCUCGGCUACGACCAGACGACGCUCAACCUCCUGGGCUUCUUCAAAGACCUCGGCGCCAACUUCGGGGUCCUUUCCGGCCUCAUCGCCGAGGUCACGCCCACGUGGUUCGUGCUCCUCGUCGGAUCCGCGAUGAACUUCACCGGCUACUUCAUGAUAUGGCUGGCCGUCACCGGCCGAAUCGCCACCCCCAAAGUGUGGCACAUGUGCGCGUACAUAUGCAUCGGAGCCAAUUCGCAGAACUUCGCCAACACCGGCGCGCUCGUGACCUCCGUCAGGAACUUCCCCGAGAGCCGCGGCAGCAUGAUCGGCCUGCUCAAGGGCUUCACAGGGCUGAGCGGCGCCAUCCUCACGCAGCUCUACCUCGCCGUCUACGGCAACGACUCCAAGGCCUUGAUCCUCCUCAUCGCCUGGCUCCCCGCCGCCCUCUCCGUCCUCUUCGUCUACACCAUCCGCGAGUUGAAGGUCGUCCGUCAGACCACCGACGAGCUCAACAUCUUCUACCAGUUCCUCUCCGUUUCCAUUCUCCUCGCGCUCUUCAUCAUGGCCAUGACUAUCCUCCAGAAAUUCGUCCCCUUCUCGCCCGCGGCCUACGCAGGCAGCGCCACCGUGGUCUGUGCAGCACUGUUUCUACCUCUGCUCAUCGCCAUCAGAGAAGAAUCCAAAACUUGGAGGGAUCAGAUUCAGAUUCAGACCAUCACUCCUCCUCCCCAAAUAACCAUACAAAAUCCGGUUAACGAGGAAGAGAAAUCAACAGCCAAAGCAUCUUGGUUCACUCACACAUUCUUGAAUAAGCCCGAGAGAGGGGAAGACUACACAAUACUCCAAGCCCUCUUGAGCACCGACAUGAUUGUCCUGUUUGUCGCAACCUUCUGCGGAUUAGGUACAAGCUUAACCGCCGUGGACAACCUCGGCCAGAUCGGGGAAUCGCUGGGCUACCCGCAGAAGACGAUCAACACAUUCGUCUCACUUCUCAGCAUAUGGAAUUACUUCGGGAGAAUCUUCGCAGGAUUCGUGUCGGAGAGUCUUCUCACCAAAUACAAGUUCCCUCGGACGCUAAUGAUGACAUUAGUCCUGUUAUUAUCCUGCACCGGCCUCCUCCUCAUCGCCUUCCCAUUUCCAGGAUCGGUCUAUGCAGCAUCAGUGAUAAUCGGGUUCUCGUUCGGGGCUCAGCUGCCGUUGCUCUUCGCCAUAAUCUCAGAGCUGUUCGGCCUCAAGUACUACUCCACAUUGUUCAACUGCGGGCAGCUGGCGAGCCCGCUGGGGUCGUACGUGCUGAACGUGAAGGUGACCGGGCCGCUCUACGACAGGGAGGCGUUGAGGGAGCUGGGGAAGAAAGGGUUGAGCAGAUCGGCGACCAAGGAGCUCAUCUGCAUCGGCGCCAGAUGCUAUCGGUCGGCGUUUGUGAUUCUGGCUUCGGUGACCUUCUUCGGAGCGGUGUCAUCUCUUAUUUUAGUGGCGAGGACGAGGGAGUUUUACAAGGGAGAUAUUUACAAGAAGUUUAGAGCCGAAACAGAGACUACUACGACUACUACUCAAUUGGAUGUGUCCACCAAUCACUAAAUCAAUGUACAGUUUCAAGUUUAGGUGAUUGUUUUAAUGUAAUAGCAGAAGCAAGAAUAUGGUUUAUCUCUUCUGUUGUUCAUUGUAUUGGAUUUUAAUUAAUAUGAUCUCUGUACGUCCAAUUAAUUCA